GGCAGUGUGCACCCUGCCUGUGGAGCCAGCAGAGUCAUUUCCGGCAGCUGUGUCAUCUUGGGCUGGGAGGUGGUUUUCUGCCUCUUUCUCACUCAGCAAACAGAAGGGUCGGUCUCAGCAUGCACCACAGCUAUCUCGUCCUCACUGUCUUCCUGGGACAACUGCUGGAUGCCAUGGGGCAGACCAUUGUCACCCAGCAAGAAGGACAAGUCACAGUGGAGGAGGGAAACAUCUUCCAGACCUCCUGCACAUACCAAACCUCCAGCUUUGAUGCCUUUCUUUGGUACCAGCAGAAGAAAGGCCAGGCCCCACAGCUGGUCACAUAUCAGGCAGCAGCAGGUCCCAAGCACAACGGCCGUUUCACCACGUGGCUGAACACCACUGAGAAAUACAGCCUCCUGCAGCUGGCAGAAGUCGAACUCUCUGACAGCACCUUGUACCUCUGUGCUGUGCAGGACACCCUGGUGCAGGGAGCUUCCUCAGCCGUGCAACAACCCCGGGGAGGGAGGAGCCGUGUCUGUGCAAGGUGGAGCUCUGGGGAAAGGGGCCUCAGUUCUCCCCUGGCAGCGCUGCUUCCCCUGUGCACACAGAGAUCUGCAGGUCAACAUCCUCUUCCAGAAGGCACUGAUGUCUGUUUCUUGAGAGGAAUGAAAAGUGAUGGAAGAGGUCCUGACUUGGAAAUCCUCUUCUGUAAUCUCCUGGACAACACAGUUUUUCCAUGGGCUGUGCAGAGAAUACUUGCUGUAUUGUGAUUUGUGUAUCUGGAGAUGGGGAUAUUUGCUCUCACAUAGAAUCUUCAGUGGACAAGGGUAAGGAUGGGGCACUUAAAAUAUCUUCCAGAUUGUGAGCUGGGGGAGAACUGUUCCAUUUUUGGAGAAGACAUGACAUCAGUGAGAAGCUGUGAGUGUUUGGGCAUGAGUCACUAUCCUGGGCCUUCCUGCACCCACGGAAGUGUUGAGUUCAGAGGGACUGGGGGCUCCAAUACAUGGCCCUCUGUAGCUGGUACCAAUAAUACCCUGUGGAAGCCCCUGCACAUAGGCAAUUUGGCAAAUGUGUGGCAGGGUCAGGAGCUCUGCAACAGCUGCUAGGACCACACAGGGAAGCUGUACUCUCAGUGAUGAGCAAGUCAAAGUGAUGGGAACGUACAAUAGAGACAGGCCAAUACCCAUGAAAACGAUACCUUCCCAGUUCUAGAUUGCUUUGUGGGAACACCAGCACUGCCCCUCCCAAACACAGAGGAACAGGUUUCUCAGGAGUCUGUGGGACUUCUGUCUUCUCUGGACCUUCCCCGUGCACAAAGGUCCUCUCAUGAAGAUGUCAUCUGUCAGGAUUUCCAUUCAUUUGACAUGCUCAAGGGUCAAGGAGAUCUGUGUAAGGAGAAACACCAGAAGUCAGUGAGUGACUGAUGGUAAUUGUUUGUGGAGUAACAUCUAGCAAUGUCUUCCUCUCCUUCAAGAGAGUGUGCUUGAAAAAUGAAUGUCUGCAGUGUGCCAUGACCUCCAAUAACCUGAGGAGUGAUGGAGUCUCCCAAGCUUGCUAUCACCAAAGGCAUCAAUUUCUCCUUUGGCCAUCUCUGCAGAUGUGGAGGAAAAAAAUCCACACCAACACAGAAGGAAACACUGAGGGAUGCAGAAUGUGUUUAAUGAGUCUAAGUGUCUAAGGAGAGAAAUGCUGUCACUCCAAGCAGAGGCCCUGCAGACAGUGAACAGCAGGAGCAGACAAGAAUCCGUUCCGCUUUCCUAUGUCCUCAUUGCCAAUGAGCUGU